AUGAGCUAGUAAAUCUUCAUUGAAGUAAUCAAUUUGGGAUUUGUUGGACAUCUUGGGUCAGCUUCAUUAGUUGCUGGUGUAGGUCUAGGAAACAUGUACUUAAACACAACUGCAUUGGCAGUUCUUAUAGGAUUGAAUAAUGGAGUCGCAACAUUUGUUUCUCAAAGUUACGGAUAAGGAAACAUGAGACUCUGUGGAUUGUAUCUCAACAGAGGAAGAAUUGUGGUGUUGCUUGCAUUUUUAGUUAUGCUACCAAUUUUACUUAUGGCUGAAGGGUUUUUUAAGUUAAUCAAUAUGGAUGCAGAAUCAUCUAAGUACGCUUAGGAUUAUGUCAAGAUAAUGAUCCCAUCCUUAAUUUUUGCUUCUUAAUUUGACAUUACCAAGACAUUCUUGAAUUGCUUUGGAAGAACAAAUAUCUAAAUGGUCAUUUAAUUGAUAACUACUCCCUUGCAUGCCCUUUGGUCAUACAUAUUUGUUACUAGGUAUGAACUUGGGCUAUAGGGCACUGCAAUAGCUACUAUUACUACAACUUUGAUAAAUUCAGUAGCAAUUACGCUAUACGUAACCUUUUUCGUACCGGAAUUGAAAGAGGCAUGGUUUUUGCCCACUAGAGAUUCUUUGAGAGGAAUGGGAUAAUAUCUGAAGAUGGCUUUACCAUCAAUGCUGAUGGUAUGCCUUGAAUGGUGGACAUUUGAAAUUCAAACAUUCUUUGCCAGUUUUAUUUCAGUUGAGGCUACAGGUUCUUAAGUGAUUAUCUUGAACAUGAUGUAUAUAUAUUUCUGUUCCACCAUGGGACUGUAAGUUGCUGGAUACUCUCUUAUUGGAUAAUCUAUAGGUUCUUAAGAUAUCCAACUUGCAAAAUAAUACAGAAAAAUGAUAUUCAUAAUUGGCUCAGCAUUUUCAUUGAUUUAGUGCUUUAGUUUAUAUAUGCUUAGAUUUGUCUAUGCCAAUUUAUUUACUAAUAUUCUAUCACUUAGAGAUAUAAUCUCUGAUACAUUUAGAAUAAUUGCAUUUGUUUAAUUAGCAGACUGCACUCAGGGCUGGCUCUAAGGCAUGAUAAGAGGUUUAGGAAGAUUAUCUGAGGCAACAUACGGCCAAUUAUUUUGUCUCUAUUGUAUUUGCUUACCUUUAGGAUGGUUAUUUGGAAUUCAUUUUAAAAUGGGUCUUAGUGGAUUAUGGUGGGGAAUGAUGAUUGGCUUAUCCCUCUUGGCACUUUUUUAUAUUUACUUAGUCACUCUAAGAUUUAACUGGGAUGAAGUCGCUAAAGAUGCCAAAAUUAGAAGUGAAAGAGAUUUAUAAAAAGAUGAAGAUGAUAAAAUUCAUUAUAAAGCAGAGAAUUUAGAGAAAUUUGAGAAUGAUUUAAAGCAGCCCCUAAUCAAUUGA